UAGCAAGAUGGCCGCGGCGCAGGGAGGCGGCGGUAGCGGGUCCCGCGAGCUCCCUGAGCUCGGCGGGGGGGUCGGGUAGGUGAUGGCUCCCGGGAGGGGGAGCCGGGCCGCCGGCCGGCGCCGCGCAGGCGCCACCAUGGUGAGGAGCAGGGCGCUGUGGAGCUGCUGCCUGGAGCUCCUGGCGCUGCCUUCAGCGGCUGCUGGUUUGUCAGGUAGGAGGCAGCAGCAGCCGCGUGACGGCUCCUGCUGGGGAGUCGCGGCGCAGGCCGGGGAGAGGAGCCGCCGCCGAGCCAUGGAGGAGGAGGACGAGGAGAGCGCCCAGCCGCAGCCCGAGCGCUCUUCAUCAAAAGACAUGGAUGAGAAGGCAGAUGAAGAGCAACCUUUGACUGCAUGUAACCAGUACCCUAAGGAGGCAGUAAGGAAACGACAAAAUUCAAGUCGAGGUUCCAGAGGCAGUGACUCCUCCAGGACGUCCAGAAAAAGCUUCAGAUUGGAUUACCGAUUAGAGGAAGAUGUAACUAAAUCAAAGAGAGAUAAAGAUGGAAAGUUUGUCAACCCUUGGCCAACAUGGAAAUCUCCAUCCUUGCCAAAUAUUUUGAAAUGGGCCCUUGUGGAAAAAAAUAACAGCAACAUCCCAUCUUCAAAACAGGAACUUGAUAAAGAGCUUCCUGUGUUAAACCCUUACUUUAUUCCAAACCCUGAACUAGUUGGUAAGACUGGAACUGGCAUGCGAGUCACAUGGUUAGGACAUGCCUCAGUUAUGGUGGAAAUGGAUGGACUCGUAAUUCUUACUGACCCCAUCUUCAGCCAGCGGGCUUCCCCAGCACAGUUUGUGGGUCCAAAACGUUUCCGAGGACCUCCAUGCACAGUAGAUCAGCUCCCAAAAAUAGAUGCAGUGAUGAUCAGCCACACCCACUAUGACCAUUUGGACUAUAAUACUGUAGAGAGUUUAAACAAGCGCUUUGGCACUGAGUUGAGAUGGUUUGUGCCUCUGGGUCUUUUAGAAUGGAUGCAGAAAUGUGGCUGUGAAAAUGUGAUUGAACUGGACUGGUGGGAAGAGAACUGUGUCCCCGGUCAUGACGCAGUUACUUUUGUCUUUACCCCGUCUCAACACUGGUGCAAGAGGACUGCAACAGAUGACAACAAGAUUCUUUGGGGCAGCUGGUCUGUCUUGGGGCCCUGGAAUAGGUUUUUCUUUGCAGGAGAUACUGGUUACUGUGUUGCUUUUGAAGAGAUAGGCAAAAGAUUUGGACCUUUUGAUCUUGCAGCUAUUCCCAUUGGAGCUUAUGAGCCAAGGUGGUUUAUGAAAUACCAGCAUGUGAAUCCUGAAGAAGCUGUAAGAAUUCAUAUUGAUGUUCAGACAAAGAAGUCUGUAGCGAUUCAUUGGGGAACCUUUGCUUUAGCAAAUGAGUAUUACUUGGAUCCUCCAGUUAAACUGAAUGAAGCCCUUGAAAGAUAUGGCUUGAAACCUGAGGAUUUCUUUGUCUUACACCAUGGAGAAUCACGAGACUUGAAUAUAAAUGAUGAUGGAUUUGAAUAAUUUUUAAAAAUCUGGCAAUUCUUUGAGCCUUGUUUUGAUAUAUACUAGGAAACACGGAAAAGAUUGAUAGCUUCAUAACCCUAUAAUGAAAUUUUUUAAAAAUUUGUACUGGAUUUUUAGACUCCAGGUUUGUUAAUUUCAGAGGUAAAAAUUGUAUACCUGCUUGAUUACACAAUUGCUUAUAAACUGAAUGGCAUAUUGAGAGAUGAUUUAAACACUAGCUAAUGUACAAGGCAUUAAUUGUCUAGAAAUACCUUGUAAUUUCAACUAUGUACAUCAACCAAAAAAUACUUUAAUUUUUUCAUAUAUGGUUUUAUGGGGUGGAGUCUUCCAACUAUUGUGAAAGCAUGUUUAAAGUAAAAUACUGAUUUUACUGAAUGCCUGUAUGUUUGCAUUUCAUGAGAAACUAAAAAUGAUCUAAAGAAAUGU